AACCUCCCUUCUUGCACCAGAGGGCGUUGACCGGCCGUAUCUGUUGAUCACUAAAGCAAGGCGUGAUAAUUUUCGGCAUCACACGACUGUGCGAGAACAUGACAUACUGAUCGAUGAUAUUUUAAAGUAUUACCAAGACUCUGAUUCCUGCGUGAAGACACAAACCGGCACAAACACGACUGUAAUUCAGCCUUCAAUACAUAACCAUGGCUGGUAUGCCCUCCAUUACCGAGUUCUAUGAUGGGAGGAGUCUCUUCAUUACAGGAGUGACUGGAUUCAUGGGGAAAGUUCUCCUGGAGAAACUGCUCCGUGCAUGUCCCAGGAUACGGUCCUGCUAUGUUCUCAUCCGACCCAAAAGAGGGCAGUCUGUUGCUCAACGUCUGGAGGGUCUACUCAACUCAAAGUUAUUUGACAAGGUAAAGAUUGUCAAUCCAGACUAUGCAUCAAAAGUCAUUGCUGUGGAAGGAGACAUAAUGGAACCCAAUUUUGGAAUUUGUGAAGAAGAUGAACAAAAAGUGUGUCGUGAUGUAUCAGUCGUCUUUCACUCAGCUGCCACAGUCAAGUUUGAUGAAGAAAUGAAAUUAUCAGUACAGAUGAAUGUUAUAGGAGUGAAGAGGUUAUUAGAACUCUGCCACAAGAUUAACAAGCUAGAUGCUGUGGUCCAUGUGUCGACUGCCUAUGCUAACUGUGAUAAGGAGGUUGUUGCUGAGCGGGUGUAUGAACCACCACUCCACCCAGAGAAACUGGUGGAAGCUGUUGAAUGGAUGGACAAUGCUGCCCUGAAUGUCCUCACCAAGAAGCUUGUUGGACCCCGCCCCAACACAUACACAUACACCAAGGCCAUGGCCGAGUUCCUCCUUUUAGAGGGGUGUGGUCAGCUCCCUGUGGCCAUCGUCCGACCGUCCAUAGUGGGUGCCACCUACAAGGAACCACUCCCAGGCUGGGUGGACAACUUCAAUGGACCCACUGGAUUGCUUGCAGCAAUUGGGAAAGGUGUCCUGCGAAUCAUGCAUGGUAACUUUCAUGGCACUGCUGAUGUGAUACCCUGUGAUAUAGCGACCAACCUCAUGAUCACUGCUGCCUGGUAUACAGGCACAUCUAAACCCACCAAGGUACCUGUAUUUAACAACACCACCGGUCAGAUCAACAAGUUCACCUGGGGUGAGAUGGAGAGGAUGGCAUUUCAGUACUUCAUGAAGAACCCAGUGGAUGUAGUUGCCAGGGUGCCCAACCCAAGGUUUACAAAGUCAACAUACUGGAAGAAUGUGAACGUGUUGUUCGACCACGUCCUCCCUGCCUACCUGAUGGACUUCUACAUGUACCUCAUUGGGAAGAAGCGCAUAUUUGUCAAGAUCCAGGAUAGACUCUGGAAAGCAGUGACAACGCUCGAGUUCUUCACAUCUCGGGAGUGGAAGUUUGAAAACAACAAUAUAUUUAUGCUAUUGGAUAAGAUGUCAGAGUCUGAUCGAGAGACGUUUGACUUUGAUGCCCGCCAUAUAGACUGGUCAUCAUACAUGGAGAACUACUGCCUUGGCACAAAACAGUUUGUCCUGAAGGAAGAGCUGGAUCAGCUCCCAAAGGCAAGGAGAGCUCUCCACAGAAUGAAGCAGAUCCAGUUUGUUAUCAACGCUGUAUUGGUGGUGGUCAUCUGGCGGGUCCUUGUCACUCGAGUGGGCGUGGCACGGUCACUGUGGAACCUUGUUCUCAGCUGGGUCAUCUGGCUCUAUCAGAAAAUCCCAAGAUUCGGGCGAGCGUCUUAGGUUUGCAACAACAAAGCAGUGAUGCUUAUUGCAUUAGGGCAUGUUUUUAAAUGACAAUUUUUUAAAUGGUAAUUUUACCAUUAUUCAUGAACCUGUUAUUGAAAAUCUAGAUACAGUUACAUGUACAACUUGUAAUGAACUGGAGGCUGUUAAAAGGCUUUGAAAGUGUCCUAAAAUACCCUGGUUGAUGCUUGAAUCUAUGUGAGGUUCGUUUGAAUGAACUCACAGAUCUAUUUGGUUUCAGGUGUAUACAAUAUUUGCCUGUUUGAUUGGCUAAUCCCAAGUGUAUCAUCUAUGUGGGCCAAACCACAUUGCCACAAACAAGCAUAAAAACAUGACAGUGCUACAACAUACUGAAAUUUAAUGUACUCAGCCAUGAUACUAAUAACAUGCUAAUUAUGAUCUAAUUUAUGGCUUUAAUUGGUUUGUUCACCUGUAGUAUUAAAGGCAUAUGUGACUGAUGUAUCAUGAUGCAUUAUUGUGUUGGUGAUUUGGGGGCAGUAGGGUAGCCUAGUGGUUAAAGCGUUCGCUCGUUACUCAGAAGACCCAGUUCGAUUCCCCACAUGGGUACAGUGUGUGAAGCCAAUUUCUGGUGUCCCCAUCUUGAUAUUGCUGGAAUAUUGCUAAAAAUGACAUAAAACUCAAACUCACUCACUCGCUGUAUUGGCGAUUUAUCCCACCUAAAGAUGGUGUGACUAUAUUCACAGGCUAAUGCAUCUAGUACGUAUGGAGUUGAAAUAGUAUUGUACUAGUCAGUACCCUUAAUGAGAAGAUACCUUGCUAACUUAGAAUAUUAAUCAAUAUAUACAGAUGAUAUAAUGACAAAGAUUUGAUAAGAUGUCAAAACUUUUCCUGGAUUUAUCUUGACCUGCUCAUAGGCCAAUAUUUAGCCCCAGGUCUGUAGAAACUGUCAGUAGAAAUAGUUAUAUUGUGAUUAUUAAUAUGGAUAUAAGUAAUGUGAUAACAGGACCAAUGAAGACUAACAAUAAUAUCUCUAUUUUGAACUAAAUAAAUAUUUUAUCCAACUUGACUGCCAUUCUUACUUUGUGUGGAAUCCUAGAUAAAUCCAUGUAUGUAUUGAUCGAAUGUGUAAGCGUUAUUGAUUACUCAAGAAAUAUGUAUGACUGAUGAGAAAUGUGCAUAUGAGAAUAUGUAUUUGUAAAAGUUUUUGCUUUUUGGCUGAGUUUCCAUAAAAAUCAAACAUGACAUCAUUUGUUUAGAUCUCAGCCUUUUGUUAAAGUACAGGUAUUCAGACAGAUUAUGCAUUAUUAUAAGUUCAGUAAGCAAGAUACAGAUCAACAGACAUCCUUGUAAGUGAAUAACAGGGGAGAGUUUAUGAAAAUACAACUUCUUUAUUAUUAAUAUUAACACCGCUGUCAAGCAAGUGAUUAUCACUUGUGUGGAACUUGCUUGAUAACAGUGUCAUUAGCUACACCGAAACGUUGCUCAUAUUAAUAAUAAAGAAGUUGUAUAUCCGUAGAACUCUACCCAUUGUUCAUCACACCAACUUCUAAAUGCCACUCAAAGAAGUUAUCCAUGUAAGUGGAACAGAAGAAAGCCGUGUGUCACAUUUGUCAAUUGUCUGCUAAGAAUGCUGCAGCUCAUAAACCUUUUCUAGCUCAGCAAACUAUGACAUACUCCAAAGUCCAUGGACAUUUUAUUACUCAGACUUAUAUAUAAAUUUCUGUGUUUGGGGAUUUUUUCGCAGUUUUUGUGCAUGACCCCAGAUUUAUAUCAUUUUUAACAAUUUCUUUGUGUGAUAUUCUCAUUAUUUAACAUUUAUUUUAUCAAUAUUGAACAUUACCAUAUCAUGUUUUCUUAGGCACAACUUGUCAUGGUUAAUUUCUGUGUGAUACAUUUCAGUUAGUUAUGUCUGGUUAUUUAUAUGGGUGUGGUUGUAUAAAACCACCUUAGCCCUAAGGUAAUCAUAACUCCCAUACCUUAACAUAGACUAAUGACAGUCUUAGCACUAAGGUUGUUUUGUACAACAGCACCCUGGUGACUGUGACAUUCUGAUUCAGACUCAAAUAUUCAUGGCUGAAAGACAUUUUGUUCUACUUAAACUCCAAAAACUUGUUUGACCCCAAGUUGAACUUUUUUAAAUGAUGAAUGAUUGAGAAGACCUACCUGAAUAUAUAAGACAUAAUUUGUAUAUCAAAUAUUGUUACCUUAGAUUGUACCUUAGACUCAUCAUGUGAUAAUUCUGUGCAAUUUGCAUGAAUUCAUUGAUUUUAAUUGUACCAUGUCCAUUACAACCCACCUCUUGUGUUUUGUUUCUUUUUUUUGUUUACCAUGUCUACUUAACCGUUGAUAUGUUAUUGUGAUGCUUGCAUCAUGAAUUUAUGUAUUUCUACACAAUUUAUGAAUUAUCUACUAGGGCUGGAUUGGGUCACCAGAGUACCCGGGACUUUCACAGCCAGAUCCUGCAUAAACUACCAGACCCGUUUUGUCAUGUGAUUUGUCAUGUGUAACUAAUUGUCUGAUACAUUACGUAAAUUCAUAGUUGCAAAAUUAUGAACGAAACCUACAGUUUAAAUCCAUUCUUUAAUAAUGAGCUCGACAAAAUUGCUUGUUCUAUAUAUGGCUUUGUGUUACAGUGUCAAUGGUUGUUCCUCUCAAUCAGUCCCCGCCUAUCAUAGUUUAACUCAUCAUGCUGUCAUUGACGAGCCACUUGAAGUGAAAUCAUUUGAACAUUUUUAAUCCAUGAAUGAACACCACAAUAACCUAGUUUACCAAUAUUUUUUUAAUGAUAUCUUUUGUAAAGUACGGUGUAGCAUACAAAUUCUUGGAAUUUCAAAUUUAUGAGGAAGCUAAUAUAAGAUCUGUAAGAAAUUAAGUUCACAUAAGUAAGGGAGUUAGCUCAAAAUAAUGCUGUAACUGGUACAUGUACCUGGCUUUGGUAAUGCUACUUCAGGUAAACAAACGCAUAGUUUCUACCCAGUCCAGCCCUAAUGUCUACUACUUACAAACAAAAUGGAUUUGAUUUUUUAUUGUAAUACACUAUCUUUAAAUACUGUCACUUGGUUUACAGGAGGCAGAUGUUAAAAUGAAUACUGUACGGUAUAAGGACACAUUCUUGUGGGACUGAUGCUGGUACAUUUGGCCAUGUUGUCUAAAAUGCCACCAUUCACUCCUCAGUGGAUUUGGCUGGAGAUUAGUCAGCACAUAGAUUUCUCCACAUUGGUAAAUGUGAUGUAUUCAUGGGUCAUGGAGGAAUACAGUAUAUUGACUCUGGUUGUACAUGUUCAGGGUACAUAAUUUACUGUAAACAAUAUAUCAUUGGACCUAGACAAGUUCAUCAUGUGCGAUAAAUCAGAUGCAGUAAGUAGGCUAAGUUGUUUGAGUUACACUGUUAGAAGAUAUGUUGUGUGGUAUACAGCAUGUACUCUAGUGAUGAGGCCAAGAGAUCUAAUAGGUUCUUUGAAAUAUAAACAACUAUUUCAUUAUGCAGCUUUUUAGCUAUUAGGACUUCCUAAUAAUGAUGGAUUUUGGAAUACACAUAUGAAACAUGCUGCUUGCUUCACUCACUCAGCAACAAUUUAGGAGCCUCACACUGACUGACUAAUUUGAAACUUCACCUGAUGCAAUCUGCAGGUGUUAUCAGCUCACCCAACAGACCUAUUUUAUCGGAGUAAACAUCUGAAUGUAAUGAGCCUAACCUUGUUCUGUGUCUUCUACUGUUAAGGUAUUUAUUUGUACAUGUUGUCUUGCAUUACAUGUCAUCUUUUUCAUUCAAUUGUUGUCUAUCUCUUUGAUACAAGAGAAUAAAUUAAACAGGAGUUUUACUCAAGUGUAGAAUGAUUUGGCAAGUGUGGAUUGCCACAGCUCUAGGAAUUAAGGAUUAUUCUGGGCUCUAUCUGGAUUUGUCUUGUGCAUAAACAUAUAUAUUUUUAUAUUUUUCAAUAUUAAGAUAGCUUUAUUUCUUUAUGUCAGUUUAAUAUUAUUGUCCAAUUUAUUCAUGAAUGUGUUUUUUGCAUGACUGCUGUCUCUUCAGUUGUUCCAGACUAAUCAUGCUCAUGAGAUGCUCAUGAUUGUCAUCUACAAUAGUAUGGAUGUGACUUAAACACAGCCAGGAAGAAUGCCCACGAUGUCAACCACUGGUUUGAUUUGCUGGAAUAAUGUUGACUGCCUCUUUGAAACA